AUGUGUUCCAGAAGUGAGUUAAUAUUGGAAUUAGCUGAGAAAGCGUAUAAAAACCCUGAAACGGAUAUUUCUUAUCGUUCUUUUGAAGGUAAACAUAUUGCUGAAAGUAUUGUAGAAGAAAGCAAAUACAAAAAGGCGAAUGAGGAUCCUGGUGACCACGAGACUGAUAUUAAUCCUGAAUGUUUUACAGUAAGCUUAGAAGAGAAUGAAGCCAAUAGGAAUAAAAAUGAAAUAAUUGAGAAUGAAAGCGAUGAGGAACCAUUUCAUGCAGACUCUGAUACUGACCCAGAUUACAUUCCGACAGUAAGCUUAGAAGAGAAUGAAGCCAAUAGGAAUGAAAAUGAAAUAAUUGAGAAUGAAAGCGAUGAGGAACCAUUUCAUGCAGACUCUGAUACUGACCCAGAUUACAUUCCGACAGAAGACAAAAACAUCCCUGAAGUAAUAAUUGAACCUAAUAAGAAUAUAACUGAAGCAACCACAAAUAGAAAGAGAAAAAGCAGAGGCAAUAUAGAGAGAGUAAGUAGGAAAAGAAUUAGAGACGUUAGUGAGUGGGCGGAUGAAAAAUCUAAAACAAGUCUAAACCUGGGACUUGAACAUGAAAAUCGAAAAGGUAUUCAAAUUAAAGGAAGACAGAUGGGUGCACCAUGCGCAAACACAUGUAGACUAAAAUGUGCUACCAAAAUAGCUAAAGAAGAUAGAGACCUUUGUUUCAAUGAAUUUUGGAAGUUAAAAGAUCAUACGAGAAAGUGGGAUUUUAUUGCUCGUCAUGUGAGACAGGUUGCCAAAAAAUAA